UUAUUUUCAGGAGUUUCAUUUACGCAUGCAUCUAUUUACAAAACAAAACUCUAUCAGUUGAAUACCACGAUAUAUUUACCUAUGUAAACUAUUUACAUUUAUUAAAUCAGGAUAAUGUCGGAUUCCGCUGAGUCCAGAAUCGAGGGUCUCUUAUAGCGAAGAGAGACAGACGGGUUUACACGCACGAACAAGACACUGAAAAUACUUCAAAGACGGCUCAGACUCUCUUGGUGAGAUCAUGGCUUUGUUUUCUAAUCAUUGAUGAAGUAGAGUCUUAAUUAUUUUUAAUUGAGAGAUGAGGUGAUUCAGUUCAGGAUUCUGGGAGGGAAAUAUUCGGCUGUGUGAUUGGAUUAGUUAAAGAACAGGUAGUGCUACUUAAAAGGAGAGUUGAUGAAUUAUUCAUUAAAGAUUUAUGAUUUUGGAUCGAAGAAUAAACGAAAACUUCAGUUGUUGGUUUUAAGAACAAAGUGUACAUGGGCCUUUGAGGAAGUUUUGUUCAAUGUAAUCUACGGACUUCGAACUUCGGACUUCAAUUGUGGAACUGAUAUUAAGUAUUUAUUGGACUGCAUUUAUGAUGAACUUUGUUCGGAUCCCGUCCCAUUGACAAUUACAUAUACGACAGUAGUAAUGUUUCUAGUACCAUCCAAAACACAGUAGCCUGUGAUGGUCAUAAAAUAUGACCUAAAACUGUCUCUUUAAAUGACAUGAAAUAUGUAUUCGGGAUUUUACUCGCAGUCCGGUAUCUUUGUGCGUUGAAACGGAAACAUCCCAAAAAUUAGGAACUAUUCUUUGAUGAGCCUGUAAUAAUUAGAAUCCGAACGAUAUUUCAUACUCUAUGGUGUCUGAAUUGCAGUUAAAAAGCGCCAUUUCUGCAAAACCCCACUGGAUUUUAAUUGGAUGCUCCAGAAAUAAAACAAAUCAAGCGGCGGUGUGUCGGAUUGCAAUUGUAUUUUUUCCCCUAAAAUUUGCUGAAUGAUUUACAUUUCUUGGAAUCUUACUGGAUUUCGUAGCUUAUCAGAAGAGCCAGUUUAAAAGAUUAUAUUGCCAUUUUAUACAACAUAUACCAUGUAUACUGCUUUUUUUCUGUCAGCAUUAAGUGAUAAGGAAUUUGUUGAACAUCACAUUUUGCUUAAAGGAGCAAGCAAGUGAUAACAAGGAUAAGCAAUGUCUUUGGGAAGGAAAAUCGCAACGUUAAUAUUCGAAUGCCCUUUGAGUUUGUCAUCUUUUGUCUGCCUGAAUGUAUAAUUUAGACGUGAUGUUGCUGCAUAUCUAUAAUGACACCGUGUUGCCAGACGCAACAAUGUUGUGCAAUGGCACUCAGACCAGAGGAAUACUAUCGGGUAAUGCUUUUCGCAUUCCAGUCAUUGUGAUAUUAUCAAUCGUCCUUGGACUAACUAUAUUUGGAAAUCUACUUGUCAUAAAAGUAGUAACAAAACGUCACCAGUACAAACAGAGAACCAAUCUCUUUGUUAUUUCAUUGGCUGUUGCGGACCUUUCCGUCGCCAUUUUUGUAAUGUUGUUCUCUAUUUUACAUUUGUGCAGUGAUUUUGAUUGGUUGCACCACAAUACCACGUACCUAAUGUACUGGGGACUUGACGUACUGUUUACAACAACGUCGAUUCUGCAUCUCACCUGCAUGACGGUUGACCGUUACGUGGCGGUUACCAAGCCAUUUAAAUAUUAUCAUAUAAUGAAGAAAAGAAGGGUAUCUUGUCUGCUUUUUCUGUGUUGGUUUCUGCCUGUUUUGAUAUCGUUAAGUCUUAUGAUGAUCAAGUUUAACCAAAUCAGUGUCCGUUCAGAAAACUGUCAUACAACGCCCAUAUUAAGAGUGAAUGCUCUAGGUGCCAUUAUUGCAUCAGUUGCUUCAUUUUAUUUACCAGUCAUAUUCAUGAUUUUCUGCAAUGUAAAAAUAUUCAGAUUCAUAAAAAGUAGAGGAAGAAAACUUCACGAACUCACAUCCAAUUACGUCAAAGAUGUUCACCGGGAGCAACAAAUGCAAAAAGAAGUGAAAGUCGCUCGGACAAUUGCUAUACUUUUAGGAUGUUUUCUUAUGUGUUGGCUUCCGUUUUUCACUGUGAACAUUUUAGAACCUUUAUUUGAUUAUGAAUUACACGAAGGAGCCUGGGUAGUGAUCACAUGGUUAGGGUAUAUUAAUUCUACAGUUAAUCCUUACUUAUACUACUUCUUAAAUCGGAAAUCCAAAGAGACAAAACAAAAAGCAACUUUCAAAUGCAUAAAAAAUAAAAUGCAAAUCUUAAGCCUUAUUCCACCACGAAGAAAAAUUUAUUCUUUGACAAGUAUCAAUGCUGUCUAAUUCACAUGAAAUGUUGUAUGUUGUUUUAAGAAUAAAUUGUAUGUAAACCUG